AUGGCCAAUGCAGCUUCUAAGUGCCUCUUCUUGUUCUUCCUGUCUCUUCUCUCUAGCUGUUCAUCAGGAACUCUGGUGGGUUUCUCAUAUCAUGCAAGUGGAAACACUACAACUUCAUCACCUAGUAGAACCAUAUCGUUCUUGAAGCAAAACAAGAUCACCGCAUCUCAGAUUCGAGUCUUCGUUGAAAAUCCUAGGAUUUUAAGUACUCUGCCCGACACUGAUGUUGCUGUUGAUCUCUACUUGAAUGAAAAUAUGAUAAGUUCCAAAUCUUCCUCAAUCUCAUGGCUGAAAACCCAUGUAAUUCCCUUUCUCUCACAAGCAAACAUCAAAAGCAGCAUAGUAAUUAGUGGCAGUGACUAUGCAAGAAAAUCUAGUCUACCUAUGCUUUUAUCCACCCUGAAAUACAUGCACUCAGCAGUCCUUGUCAGUCUUCCUUCUGACAGAAGAAUUAAGGUCGCAGUAGCAUUUUCUUUGACAUCUCUUGAGAAUUUGAGAAGAGGACAUGAAAGAGAUCUGCAUAGGAUUUGUACUUAUAUCAAUGAAGUGAGAUCUCCAGUCAUUGUAGAAGCCAAUAUUGAUGGAGAAUUGAGUAUGGGUGAUAGGUUUGUUCGGUCAGUGAUUGAGAGAGCCAGCCUUGCAAAUUCUGUUCUUCCUUGUAAUGAUGUCCCCAUGGUUUUGACAAUCAAAAGUCCAGCAGCUCCCAGUGCAUCUGAAGUAGCCGAAUUCUCUGUUAAGGUUUUGAAAGCUUUAGAAAGCAACACUCAGAUUACAGAUAGGUUAGUUGGGUUAUAUGCAGAAGUAGCUUCCAUGGAUGAUUUUGCACGGAAAGAGCUCAAAAGGGAAGAGGAACAGAUUUUUCCUUCUUCUAGGAGAGAACUCUUAAGCAGUUUCCAUCUGAAAACAACUUCACAUGACACAUUUAACACACCAACAGUCUUCCCUACAACUCCCAUAUCAACACCACCACUGCCUACCACCCCUCCAUAUAACCCCACACCAACCAUUGUCACUGUCCCUGCUACAAACCCGGUAACAGUAACCCCAGUAAAUCCUGCCGCGCCGGUGGAAGUUCCCUCCACCACACCCGUCACCAUACCCCCCACAAAUUCAGUGAGCUCACCAGUUACCAAUCCAGCCACAACCCCCAUCACACCAGUCACCAUACCCCCGACAAAUCCUGUGACAACUUACCCGCCACCAUCUGGAGGCGUUCCAGUCACAACACCUGUCACAAACCCAGUCUCACCUCCUGCAACAACUAAUAAUACUCCUGCAGUUCCAGGACAGAGCUGGUGUGUGGCCAAGAGUGGAGCACAGCAAACAGCACUGCAGGCAGGAUUGGACUAUGCAUGUGGAAUGGGAGGCGCAGACUGUUCACAGAUCCAACAGGGUGGAAGCUGUUACAAUCCAAAUUCUCUUCAAAAUCAUGCCUCAUAUGCAUUCAACAGCUAUUAUCAGAAGAAUCCGGCGUCAACUAGCUGUGACUUUGGAGGGGUUGCCACAAUAGUUAAUGCUAAUCCAAGCACUGGUUCCUGCAUUUACCAAUCAUCAUCAUCAUCCUCAACCCCAACAACUCCAAAUCCAGCAUCAACAACUCCAACACCCACAUCAACAAUUCCACCACCAACAUCAACAACUCCACCAUCAACUUCAACAACUCCACCACCAGCAAUAACAUCAAUUCCACCACCUGGGGAAGGUGUAUCAGGCUCCGGUACUCCACCUUCGGUGUUGAACUCGAGCAACCCGGCUUCAGGAUCCAUGCCAGAGUUUGGGAGUGACAGCCCUCCUGGUUUUAACACAACAACAUCCACUUCAGCUAGUUUGCGACCGUCUGUUGGUUGCGUCUUUUUGAUUCCUCAGAAGCACAUUUUCUCACGACAAAUCACGGUUGUACAUAACUGCAUAUGCAAGCAAAGAAAGCUAGAGGAAACAUGA